AUGUCCGCCAUUAAGAUGAUCCAGAGUCUCCCACGGACGUAUCCGAACACGUUCCCACCUUCAAAGCAGCCAAGUGCCGAGAGCCGCGGUGGCAACCACCAGCCGAUUCAGGACGGGCAUAUUCUCAUCACUCCCGUAUUACACGAUGGAAAAUCAUCAUUUGGUGCAAAGAUUGAUGGAAUCGAUUGGUCCCGUCCACUUCCUGCCGAUGACAUCGAAAAGCUCAAGAAGAUUCAAGAUAACUACGGCGUCCUGAUCUUUCGCAAGACUGGAUUGGACAAUGAAGGACACAUAGGCUUUGCUAAGAGACUAGGCCAGGAGCUUGAGAUCAACCCCUUCUUCUACGGCAUUGAGAACGACCGCAUAGGUGAUCCGCUGUUAUGGGACGUCAGCAACAUCAAUCUCGAUGGAACCAUCGUACAGCCUAAUCAAAGACGCUGGGAUCACAGCUUAGGCAAUGCUUUGUGGCAUACGGACUCUUCAUUUCACCAGCACCGGUCGAAGUACUCGCUGCUUUUAUCCCACGGCAGCCCAGCCAGAGGCGGCUCGUGGACGCAUUUUGCCGACACUGCGCGAGCAUAUGCAGAUCUCCCACAAUCCAAGAAAGACGAGUUGGAGGAUCUGAUCAUUGAGCAUGAUUUGUGGCACUCACGCCGUCUUGCCUCUCCACAGGCUUUUGCACAGCCCCUGGAAAGUGAGCGGGCCGCUGAAAAGUCGGCAUAUCACCGACUCGUGCAGGUUGGCCCGGAUGGGAGAAAGACGCUGUAUCUGGCCGCGCACGGCAAGCUCGUCGUAGGGCGCGGAGUUGAAGAGAGUCAGAAGUUGAUUUGGGAGCUCAUCAAUCACUGCACACAGUCCAAGUAUGUUUUCAGUAUGGAGUGGUUGGAAGGUGGUGACAUGGUGUGGUGGGAUAAUCGAAAAUCCAUGCAUCGCGCGAACCCCUACAACGCCGAGAUGACUGCGCGUGAUGUGCGUCGAGCCACCGUAAUCGAUGACGGGCCUCUAGCAUUUGGUGUAAGCGACGAGGAGCUAAUGGUUCAUGAACGUGUAGAUUAG